ACACAUAAAAUGGCCAUUGUUGGAUGAACGGUGAAAAGGGUGAAGAGAAGUGUCAACCUUAGUUUAGUCCCUGAAAAAUCUCCCUAAUCCUGGUAUUUGUCUGACCCUCGCCAUAGCUCCCCAGAAUUAAGGAUCUCUCCCAUAUUCCCCCCUUCCCAUUCUCCAUAUCUCUUGCAUCAUCCCAUUUUCCAUUUUGUUCUUCCUUGUUUCUCCCCAAGCUCCUUUGGCUGUCUCUUUCUUUCAGGACAUCACCAUGGCGAACUCGGCAUCAGGAAUGGCGGUCCAAGACGACUGCAAGCUGAAGUUUCUGGAACUAAAAUCAAAGAGGAACUACAGGUUCAUCGUGUUCAAGAUUGAGAACCAGCAGGUGGUUGUGGAGAAACUGGGGAGCCCCGAGGAGACGUACGAGGAUUUCACCAAGUGCCUCCCUGCCAACGAGUGCCGUUAUGCUGUCUAUGACUUCGAUUUCACCACUGAUGAGAACUGCCAGAAGAGCAAGAUCUUCUUCAUUGCAUGGGGCACCUGACACAUCGAAGGUGAGAAGUAAGAUGGUGUACGCGAGCUCGAAAGACAGAUUCAAGAGGGAACUCGACGGGAUUCAAGUAGAGUUACAAGCAACCGAUCCCAGCGAAAUGAGUCUCGACAUUGUCAAAGGCCGAGCUCUUUAGACACACACACACACACAGACAGACUCCAUCAUCAGAAGUUGUCCAAGUCUUUUAUAAUGCUACAGAAAAAAAUAUAUGUUCACUCACACGCAACCAUUAAAAUUCAUUCAUUGUGGAGCGUCUCUCCUCUCUUCCACCCUUUCCCUUGCUACUUGCCCCGCCCGCCAUUGUUUUCCUUUUUCCUUUUGUGUUGUUCAUCAAUGGGGUUUAGUUAUAUUUUUCUCGGGGAUCCCUUUGUUUCAUGGUUUCCGUGAGUUUCUUAUACUGAUGUAAUUUUUUCAUUUUGUCAUGUUAUAC